AUGGUCAACUGUUCAAUACCAGAACAAUUUCGUUGUCAAGUAAUUCAAAAUGUUAGAUUAUUAAUGAUUGCUGCCAGUGAAAGCUCUCAUGUUGUUCAAGCAUUUGUCUUCAAUGACGAAUCAGGCGCUUCUCUAUCAACAUUGAUCAUUGUUGCAAACAAGAUCGAUUCGCCAUCAGAUUCAAAUUCAUCUGUUGCCACUCGGUACGUAACCAUCAAUACAAAUGUACAAAUCAAACAAUAA